AUGCAUUCUACCAGCAUAGCUUCGCACUCACAAUCACACCAACAACAAUGUGCCUCACAAAGUGUUGGUGUGAUGAAUACCAUGGUUUCCCUAUUAACGGAAUAUUUAUUGGCGGCUCAAUGUGAUAUAGCCCGACCGGAAUAUUAUCCUGCAGACUAUGCUGAGGAGGCAUUACGCAAAGGUUUGGAUCGCUAUGACUUUGUGGUUGUGGGUGCCGGUUCGGCAGGCUCAGUGGUGGCCAGCCGUUUAAGUGAGAAUCCCAAGUGGAAAAUUUUGGUAUUGGAGGCGGGAGAGAAUCCGCCACAGGAGUCGGAGGUCCCCGCCUUGUCCAUGGCCUUGCGCCACAAUCGCUAUGUCUAUGAUUAUUAUACAGAACCGAAUGGCCGUUCCUGUAGGGCCUUUAAGCGUGAUCAAUGUUAUUGGCCCCGCGGCCGAAUGCUGGGUGGUUCCGGUGCCAUUAAUGCCAUGAUGUAUUUAAGAGGCAAUCGCCAGGACUAUGACAAAUGGCUGGAAAUGGGUAAUCCCGGUUGGGGCUAUGAUGAUGUGUGGCCAUAUUUUGAAAAAUCGGUUACUCCUCCUCCAGCAGAAAAUGGUACCUCUUCGCAAGAUUAUAUUGCCAUAAGCGAUUUCGAGCAUUUAGAUGAGGAGGCCUUUCGCAUGGUCUAUCAGGCCGCCCAGGAAUUAGGACAACCUGUAUUCGAGCAUUUUGGCAGGGAUAAUUAUCGUGGCUAUUCCAGUGUUCAGGGUACGGUUAGCGGUGGCUAUCGCACCACCACAGCCAAGGGUUAUUUGACACCAGCUUCCAGGCGCCAAAAUUUACAGGUCAUAAAAAAUGCCCAGGUUGUGAAAAUAAAUUUCGAUACCAAGGGUAAAAGAGUAAAAUCCUUGACAUUUUUGAUACAACAAAAAAGGAGAACCCUAACUGUGAAAAUCCGCAAAGAAGCCAUAUUGUCGGCUGGUAGCAUAGAUACCCCCAAAUUACUUAUGCUUUCGGGUAUUGGUCCUCGUGAAGUUUUGGAUCCCUUACACAUACCCAUUUUACAGGAUCUACCGGUGGGUGAAAAUUUACAGGAUCAUGUUUUCAAUGUGGUCUUUGCCCGGUACAAUGGCAGUCAGAUACAAUCCACCGAUUCUCUGGACAUGGUCUAUGAUUAUUUGGUAUAUAAAAAUGGCACCCUGUCCACAAUAGGCAGCAUGAGCCUGGUAGGCUUUAUCGAUGUUCUGCCAAAGACCAAAAACGAUUAUCCUGAUGUCCAGAUAAUACACAAAGCCUUUAGGCAGGGUGAUGAGCAGUCUUUGAAAACCUUUUUGGUCUCAACAGAUAUGAGGGAGGAGAUUCAAGAACAUUUACUGCAGGAGAUAAGGGAGCAUUCUCUGUUAUUGUUUCUCACCCUGAUCUCCCACCCGACAUCCAGAGGUUCGGUGACCCUCAAUUCCCGUUCCUAUCAGAAACCACCCAAAAUUGAUGCCAACUAUUUUGGUGAUCCCGCGGAUAUGGAUGUGAUGCUGAAGUCCAUGGAAUAUUUGGAACGUUUUGUCAACACCUCGGCUUUCCAUGCAAGGCAGGCGGAACUGGUUCACAUCCCCUUCAAGGAGUGCGAUCAAUUUGCCUUCAAAAGUGAAAAAUAUUGGCGUUGCUAUUCCACUUAUAUGUCCACAACAUGUUAUCAUCCAGUGGGUACCACAAAAAUGGCACCAAGGGAGGAUCCAUCGGCUGUGGUGGAUUCUCGCCUACGUGUAAAGGGUGUAACGAAUUUGCGGGUUAUUGAUGCCUCCAUUAUGCCCACCAUACCAGGGGUAAACACGAAUGGACCCACAAUAAUGGUUGCCGAAAAGGCAGCAGAUUUAAUCAAGGAAGAUUGGUUGCAGAACCGAAAUAUGAAAGAGGCAGGGGGAGAGCCGGAGGAAGAGGAUGUAGAGGAAGAGGAUAAUCAAUUUGAAUAUAAAGAGGAGGAUAUUAGCUAA